CCCCUUGGUGAUACUCUUUACUCCUGUUCCCUAAUGUCUGCCCCCCACGCUCAAACCCAAACAAACCAAAAACCAAAAACUACAUUCUUCAAAAGGAUAAGAGAAAGUUAAUUAUAGUGAUACACAGCAAGCAGGACAAUCAUAGCUGUCGGUCUGUCCCAAAGCCUACAGAAGGUUCUUAUUUCAUAAGCAGAGAUAAUUUGUUUUUCUCUGUGUGCCAUAUGGUUUUGCAACUGCAGAGAUCAAACAGAUUUGUGGAUGUAAACUUCAGCUCUGUACUUAAAAAACUUUGAGUUGUGUGGAGAUUUUUGUAAUGUGCAUGAAUCGUUGAUGCCAACCAGGUCUGUUGGAGUUAAGGAUUUCUUGUCAGUUCUGUAAGCAACUAUGUAUGGUGGUUUUUAUUUGCCUUGGACUUUAAAGACAACUUUGGAAAGGAAACUUGGAACACAAAUUGUCAACUGGAAUGCAAUGAUUGUCUUUUGCUAUAAAGAUGAUGAUUAAAACCAGCAAUCAUUAGCAUAGGAGGAUAAUAGUUCUGAGGCUGCCCAGGUGGUCUCUGGAAAAGACUGGAGUUUUUUUCUUAAUCAGAGAAGUUUUAAUUACCUGAAUUUAUUUUGGGAUUAUUUUGGGGAUAGUAUUCAGAAUUAAGAGUUUGAAUAUCUUGAUUGCUAUUUUUAAAACAAGAAAAAAUGUAAGUGUGCCAGUGAUUUCCCUCAUUUUUUGUCUGUAUAUAGAGUGCUCUGUCCUGCUGGUCACAAUGUAUGUAAUUUUUAGUUCAGUGCUCCAUUGAUCUAAAGUAGAUACAUGUUAGCUAGAGAAAUAAAAUGCAUGUGCUCAUGCUACCUUUGUGUGUGUGUGUGUGUGUGUGUGUGUGUGUGUGUGUGUGUGUGUAUGCGUGUGCGCAUGCAUGCGUGUGUAACCUGGAGAAAAGUACAGGAGGUGGCGCGCGCGCGCACACACACACACACACACACACACACACACACACACACACACACACGCACAGUAAAGUAGAUGCAUGUUCCCUGGUCCCUUUGCUUUUCAAUUAUGCCAUUUAAUGGUAUACCCAAAUUAUCUAAACUGUCUCAAUUUAUGGAUAUAACAUUUGAUAGGGUCUAAUAUUUCCAAUAUUUUGAAGUAGCUGAAAUGAUACCAACACAUAGAAAUGAUAAGCCUGCAAGGUGAUGACACCCCAAAUACCCUGACUUGAUAGUUACACAUUCUAUUUAUGUAAAAAAUACUCACAUGUACCCCAUAAAUAUAUAAAAUAUUAUGUAUCAAUGAAAGAAAAAUAAUAAAAACAGAAUAAUAAAUUCUUAAAAUAAGAGUGUAGGACUGUCUUCUUUGCUUAGAAUGCUGUCUCCUGUUAGCACACAGUGCUCUCAACCCACAGUCCUUAAAAUCUUAGAUAAAAUGUUACUCCCUGAGGACCUUCACACCCAGCUGCUUCUACUAUUAGGUUUUCUGGGCACACCCUGUAUCCGCUUCUUUUGUGCAACAACAUCACAUUUGUAAAAAAUUCUUCAAUUUUGGUUUACCUAACUCCCCUGCUGUUUAGCUCCAAAGAGCAGGAACUGUUUGUCUUGUUUUUCACUCUUUCCCCCAACUCAUGGCUCAUAAUAGGUGGUCAGUAAAUGUUUGUUGAAUGAAUGGUAAUAUAGUUGGUAUAAAUCAGGCUUAUUUAGUAUGUAUAGGUAUAAGAUUUUUUCUUUUGCUAAUUUUCAUAUAGAACACCUUUUGAAAUAGCAGUUGUAGCCUUUUGCCCUCGUCUUUUAUAAAUGACUACAUACCUUCUGUUUGCAUGUAUUGAUGCGAUCUGGUGUCUGGGUAUCCAGAUGUUAUUUCUUAUUUUUUUUUUCUUCCCUUCAGCUUGUGCAUGACAGCUAUUAUUUUGCUAUUUCCCAGGCUUAGAAUUCCAGAACCAUCAGUAGAAAUAAGCAGACAGUAAUGAAUUUCUAUGUAAACUUCACAAUAUGUUUCAUUUUUGUUGGUAUAGAGAACAAGACCUGAGACUGCUUAAGAAGUACAGGAUUAUAGUGUGAGCUUUUAGAAAUCAUGUUAUCCAAGUUUCCCUCAUUUUAUGUCUGAAGGAACCAAUGACACAGAGAAUUUACCUGGCGUUGCCCAAAGUAAAAUGAUUACUCUGGUUAAUGUUAAAUAGGGUUAAGAACAGUCACUUGCUUCUGUGUUAGUAAUCUUGCUGCUAGAAAACCUUUUUGUUUGUCAGAAAGUCAGUCUUUCUUUUUACCAAAACUUUGUUGUGCAUACUGAAUGUUCAGGAGUGACUAUUCCAUAAAUAUGUAUUUUAUGCUUUCUCAGGCGGUGGUAAUAACAGGUACACAACAUUUGACAGCACAAAGUUCUUUAUCCUACAGGACUCAGGUGGAAGAGGCACUCAAAUUGGAGGAUGUAAUGUCAUGCAUUUCAAAGGGGUGAGUGAUUUGGCCAAAGGCUCUGCCACAGUAAAACUGAUCACCAUGCCUCUGCCUAAUCCUGCAGAAGUUAUUGGCUUUGAAACAAAUAUCCCCAUAUAAUAAACUCAGCAACUUAUCAGAUAAGUUAAAGAGAAGUUUCAUUUUACCAGAGUGCUAUUCUUACCCUUUGCACUGAUGUAAAACACCCCCACCCUUCUCUUUUCAUAAAAACAGCUUGGAAACUGGAAUGGCAACUUGAACACCAGUUACUUUAACCAGUUAACAAGAGCUUUGUUUAUUUUAUGUUUCCUUUUAAUAGCAGAAGUUGAAAGUGUCCCGUCUUUUAAAAGCACUCAGAGGUAUGUUUUGCAAAGGAGUAUCCUUUGGUCUCUUUCUUUAGGAACACAAAUAUUCCAAAACACUUAUAUCAGUAUUUUAAAAUGGAAUGCUAUUAUAAAGUACAGAAUAAUAACUUUAUUUUUACAUACAAUUAUUUUUAGUAAAAAAAUUGCAAAACUGCUCAGUGAAUGAUUCCCCAGAGACCAUAUCCCAUGAAGUCCCCUUUUCCUGCUACAGGGUUCCUGGGCCAUAAAGGUGGACUUGGAGCAGAAUAAAACAACCAUCGUGCUACCAUCUCCCCUCAUCAUUCAGCCUUUUAGUGAAAAAGACAAGCAGCCGUCAGGGCAAUUCAGACCCUUCAGCAGGAUUGUGAGGAAGCUGUUAGAAAGAUGCUCUCCCUUUCCUUUCUGUUUGCAAUGCUGGCAAGUUUCAAAUCCAAAGCAGUUUGCAGUCAUAGUCCCAGCCUUGUGGAAACAGAGCUUGCUGAUGAAAGUGAUGCCAACAAAUUUCUCAUAGUGGGCAAAUGUGCAAAGAUCCACCUUACAAAGUAGAAGAAUCUGGGUAUGCUGGUUUCAUUUUGCCAAUUGAGGUUUAUUUUAAAAACAAGGAAGAACCUAGGAAAGUCCGCUUUGAUUAUGACUUAUUCCUGCAUCUUGAAGGCCAUCCACCAGUGAAUCACCUCCGCUGUGAAAAGCUAACUUUCAACAACCCCACAGAGGACUUUAGGAGAAAGUUGCUGAAGGCAGGAGGGGACCCUAAUAGGAGUAUUCAUACCAGCAGCAGCAGCAGCAGCAGCAGCAGUAGCAGCAGCAGCAGCAGCAGCAGCAGCAGCAGUAGCAGCAGCAGUAGCAGCAGCAGCAGCAGCAGCAGCAGCAGCAGUAGCAGCAGCAGCAGCAGCAGUAGUACCAGUUUUUCAAAGCCUCACAAAUUAAUGAAGGAGCACAAGGAAAAACCUUCUAAAGACUCCAGAGAACAUAAAAGUGCCUUCAAAGAACCUUCCAGGGAUCACAACAAAUCUUCCAAAGAAUCCUCUAAGAAACCCAAAGAAAAUAAACCACUGAAAGACGAGAAAAUAGUUCCUAAGAUGGCCUUCAAGGAACCUAAACCCAUGUCAAAAGAGCCAAAACCAGACAGUAACUUACUCACCAUCACCAGUGGACAAGAUAAGAAGGCUCCUAGUAAAAGGCCACCCAUUUCAGAUUCUGAAGAACUCUCAGCCAAAAAAAGGAAAAAGAGUAGCUCAGAGGCUUUAUUUAAAAGUUUUUCUAGCGCACCACCACUGAUACUCACUUGUUCUGCUGACAAAAAACAGAUAAAAGAUAAAUCUCAUGUCAAGAUGGGAAAGGUCAAAAUUGAAAGUGAGACAUCAGAGAAGAAGAAAUCAACUUUACCGCCAUUUGAUGACAUUGUGGAUCCCAAUGAUUCAGAUGUGGAGGAGAAUAUAUCCUCUAAAUCUGAUUCUGAACAGCCCAGUCCUGCCAGCUCCAGCUCCAGCUCCAGCUCCAGCUUCACACCAUCCCAGACCAGGCAACAAGGUCCUUUAAGGUCUAUAAUGAAAGAUCUGCAUUCCGAUGACAAUGAGGAGGAAUCGGAUGAAGUGGAGGAUAAUGACAAUGACUCUGAAAUGGAGAGACCUGUAAAUAGAGGAGGCAGCCGAAGUCGCAGAGUUAGCUUAAGUGAUGGCAGUGAUAGUGAAAGCAGUUCUGCUUCUUCACCCCUACAUCACGAACCUCCACCGCCCUUAUUAAAAACCAACAACAACCAGAUUCUUGAAGUGAAAAGUCCAAUAAAGCAAAGCAAAUCAGAUAAGCAAAUAAAGAAUGGUGAAUGUGACAAGGCAUACCUAGAUGAACUGGUAGAGCUUCACAGAAGGUUAAUGACGCUGAGAGAAAGACACAUUCUGCAGCAGAUCGUGAACCUUAUAGAAGAAACUGGACACUUUCAUAUCACAAACACAACAUUUGAUUUUGAUCUUUGCUCACUGGACAAAACCACAGUCCGUAAACUACAGAGUUACCUGGAAACAUCUGGAACAUCCUGAGGAUACAACAACUGGAUGCAUAAAAAACUAUUUUUUUUUUUUUUUUUUUUUUUUUUGGUUGUGAUUUUUUCGUUGUUGUUUAUAUGGAAACACUCAGAAUGAUGCAACCAAAAGGGAAAAAAAAAAUAAAAAUCAAACAACCUUCAGCUUUAUUUUUCUUUAAAGCCAGUCAUCAUCUCUUGAUAAAGGAGAGGUUAAAGCAAACCAGCCUCAGCGGACCACUCUUCUCUCCAAGGAAAUCCCCGGGAAGAGUUAGCCUGGAUAGCCUUGAAAACAAACAAAUCAAACACAACACAAGAAAACUCAAAGAAUGUGUAUGGUAUCAUGUAUCUCUCUGUGGUGGUUCAUUCCACAGGACAAAUGCAUAUUCAACACACUGCCUUAUUACAUAACUGAUCUAUUUAUUAUCGCAUACAGAUAUUCUAAAGUCGUUGAGGGAAUGACACCAUCAGACAUUCUAAGUACUUGGUCCCGUGGAUGCUCUUUCAGUGCAGCGCCCUUGCCAUCCCAAGCCCAGUGACCUUACUCGUAUACUGUGCCACUUUCCACCAACUUUUUCCAAGUCCUUUAACUUGUUGCAGUCUGUAUUUUCCACCUUUUGUUUUUCCAGUUCCAGGACACAGAUUAUCAACUGGGGGGACCAAAUAGCCACCUUGAUUUUCUUCUUUGUGGUCUUUUUCCUGAAAGUUGGGGCCCAGUCCUUGGCUGUAUCCAUGUAAUGAUCUUGGACCAUGGUAGAAAAUGCACCAAAUAGGAUCAUAUGAAUUGCUGUCUAGCCUUAGUCAAUAAACUUGUAGGACUUUUAAACAAAAGUGUAUCUGUAAAUGUCCUGAAUCCAGCAUUGUUGAGCUGUCAUCAACAUUCUUGUGUCUGUUUUACUGUUACAAUAUUAGGUGAAUAUGGAAGUAAAGGCAUUCCACAGGAUCAUCACUUAAAAAAAAAAGGAAUUCUGGUCCUGUUUUCUAAAAAGAAAAGUUGUAGAAAUUCUUAAUUUGGAUCUAUUUAUUAGUAAGAGUUUCAGCUUUCUUCAGCUGCCAGUGUGUUGCUCAUCUUUAUCCUAAAAACAUGGAAUCAGAGAUUUUUGUUUGUUCAUAUAUGAUUCUCUUAGACUUUUUUAUAUUUGAAAAAAUUAAAAUCUUUCUUUGGGGGAAAAUUCUUGGUUAUUCUGCCAUAACAGAUUAUGUAUUAACUUGUAGAUUCAGUGGUUCAAUACCUGUUUAGUCGCUUGCUAAUGUGUCCAGAAGGAUUUCUUGUAUUGGUGAAAGAUGGUUGGGGAUGGGGGGAUAUUUUUGUUCUUGUUAUACCCUUGUUUUCAAACUAGAAAUCUGUCCUGUGGCAUGCAAAAGAAAGCAAAUUAUUUUUAAAAGAAAAAAAAAAAAACCAAAGUACUUUUGGCGUCAUUAUUCUAUCUUCUCCACAAGUGGAGAAACGAAAAAUAAAAACAGCUCAUUUUCCAAGUUUUUACUAGAAAUUCAACUGAAAAGAAGAGAAAUGAAGAAAUACUUCUGGAUCCAAAGGUUCGUCACUGGGUCAGCCUUAAGAAAGUCUCUAUGUGUGCUAAUAGACCAGUAUCUCCCUUGUUUGUUCCCAUGCCAGAUGCUGUCUUUUCAUACAGAGAUUAACUAGUGUCUGUACAGAAAAUGGUCUUUCCAGACCCAUUCUUUUGGGCAGUUAUAUAAAUGCAGAUUGAUAAUGGAGUUAUUUCUGCAUUUUAAAAAGGGGAUUUUUUUACACUGUUUCUUUCUAUCCAAAGAAACUAUUUUUUCUUUAAAAAAUUAUAAUACAGCCAUGCUCCUUGUAAAUUAUUUCUCUGAAGUGUCCUCCCAGAGGACAAGUGUACUUUCUCAAUAAUGAUAUGAUUUGUAAUGAUGAUUGGCAUGCACCGUACUUGAAGCAUUUGUUGUAUAGUCCACUUCUCAAUGUGCAGAGAAACUUUGAGUCAUUUUGGACGUUAGGUGACUGAUGAACUGUGUACUUUCAGUUGUGUUUUGUUUUUAACUUUAUAGCUGGAAGGGGAGGGUAAUGUUUAUAUGGAAAUGUUACGAAUUUUUAAAAUAUUUUAAAACUUCAAACUGCUAACUCACAUCUUCUGAUCAAACCAGAAAUGUAUAUGGUUUAAUAUAUCUGUGCAGUUUAACUAGAAUAGAAGCAUAUAUGUAAUUUGGGCCAUUUUUAUUUCUGUAACUAAAUUGUUGGGCAAAACCUAUGAUUUGCCAAUGUAAAAUUGUUUUCCCUUAAGUUACUAACCAAGAAACUAAGAGAAAAAAUGGCCAAACAAAAGGGAUAAUAAGAAGGGCAGCUAUCACAUGAUAAACUUUAGACUUGAAAAUUAGGUAGUAAAGUUAAUGUCUUCAGAAUAUCUUAAAAUGUAAGUUUGUAAAUUGAUUAAAUUCAGAAAAACCCAUCCACUACUCAAGAUAGCAAAAUAAGUUUUUCACAAAAUUCAGAGAGUCACGUUGAUUUUUUUUUGAAGUACUCUUGCUCUCGUCUAAUUUUUAAAUACAGAAAUAAAAAGAUCCCUUUGAAUUGAUUUCAAGUAGUUACAAUACUUCUCUUAAAGUAACCUGCUUAGUCUGCCACAUUUAUAUACACCCAACUUGGAAGCCUAUUAGGAGUAUCUUCGACACAUGAGUACUCUACCAGUGGCUCUGGUUUCUUAAGCACAAAGGGAAAACGGCAGGGUUUAAUUUCUUUGGUGUACAUAUAUAAAUAGAUGUUUCAAAUAAAAUUAAUUGGAUGAAUGUGAAUGUGGUUUGAACCAGCCAGAGUAUUAUAAACUUUAAAAAAUAUUUUCCUCAGUGAUUAGCCGGGGAAAAAUACAUGUACAAAAAUCCCACCCCUCCAACUCCUUAUAAAUUAGGUUUUGCCUCUGGUUUUGCAGCAGGAUGUGUGUUGGUGGGGUUGGGGGUCCUUCUAUCUUAGGAUAUAACAGUCGUGUUAGCAACAAAAAUAUUUUGCAGCUAUUUUACGAUCCUCACCAUAAUCUUCCUCUCUCUCAAUCUUAAUACAGACAAAUAGGUAUGUCUAUACAUGCUUUCAUAUAGUGUCAAAGUAGGGAAGAACAUAAAACCUUCAGGAGAUAAAAACUUUAGGAAAAAAUAUCUCCUAAGAGAGUGUCCUAAACAUUUAAAAUUGCUAGGCAAAUCUCUCUAAUCUGAAUACUCACCUUUUGGUGGAACAGAGCCAAUAAAAUUGGUUUUCUUCCACUAAAA